AGUCUCCUACCUGCGUCCUGCUACCAUCAAUAAACAAAUCCAUUGAGAGAUAAACAAAUAGGGAUAUACAGAUACUAAUUAAGGUCAGUCCUUCAAUAGCACAAGCUCUGAUACAUAACUAAAUCACCAUGGCGGAGACACGAUACGAUGGUAUUCCCUGUGAGGACUUUACCCUGUUCAAGCAAGCGAUCAUCAAGCUUAGAAAAGUCGACGACUUCGUGGUUCAAAGAUUAAAUACGGCUAUCCCAACCGAUACUUUCAAGCACCAAGAGUCUGUUUCAGUUAAACAGGACAAGUGCGCAGGAUUCCACAAAGAGCUCGGAGCGGCAUAUAGUGGUCGCGUAGGCGCUAUCGAAAAUUGCAUCAAAAUAGCCGAGGCAAAAGUGGACUCCUUACGCGCUGCUCGAUCUAAGGAUCGCGACAACAGUUUGCUUGCGGAAGAAAUAUCAGAAAAGCAGGGCAACCUUCGAAUGAUGCAAAACGAGCUUAAUUAUGAGAGAGUAAUUCAAGAGCGAUCGAUGAAGGUCUUUAAGGAGAGAUGCGACAGUUUCGAUGCCCCCGGCGUAUAGGGUUUGGUAGUCUUUAAAGAAUUAUUGUGCGUCGCCGGAUAAUUGGUCGCGUUCAAAUCGUGGUUCGUGUGAAUUGCAAGUGUACACAUAGGAAGAUAUAUAUAAACGUAGAAUAAUCAGAAAUUUAAGAAAUUACAUUAGCUAAGGUAUUCUAGUUCCUACAUAGAAGUGAAGAGGAGAUUAAGUGAGGUUCAAGGCUGUUUGCAUUUUAACAAAAUCUUCUAUUAAUGGACCUGUGGCGUUGUUCUUUACGGU